AUUCGCUUUCGGGAAGUUCGACCUACGGACAUUCCGGCAGUCGCCCAGAUUGAAAAAGCAUCUUAUCCCGAAGACGAAGCUGCUUCAAAAUCGGCUUUACAAUACAGGCAGCACCACGCCGCUCCAUAUUUUCGAUGUGCAGUAGUAGGAGGUCAAGACGAUGACAACGAUGUGGUAAUCGGGUACAUUUGCAGCACCCGUUGUCGUGAAUUUGAGCACGAAAGUAUGUCGCUACAUAUUCCGAACGGCAGUCUCCUUGCGAUACACAGCGUCGUCGUUCAGCAGAAAUAUCGCAAGAGAGGUAUUGCGACUGCAAUGCUGAAAGAAUAUGUUGAAGACGUCCAAAAAAACAACGACGGUACCAUUGAAAAAAUGGUGCUUUUGGCAAAGAAAGACUUGUUGGCGUUCUACGUUGAAUGUGGGUUCCAAGUAAAACAACUCAGCUCAAUCGUUCACGGUAGUGAACAGUGGUAUGACUUG